AUGUCAGCUUCUGUUGUCAUAACGUUGGUUCUCUUCGCACUUGUCGUUGUAAAUAUCACUGGAAAUUCACUGGUUUGUGCGAUAAUUCGAAAACAUCGAGACAUGAGGUAUUUAUAUAGGCUUGCAAGGAAAUUCAUCUGAUUACAAAACUUUAUUCCUUCGCGUUUUGGGCUUCCCAAGUAAUCGAGGUUUCGAGUUAUUGAGGGUGUAAUUCAAAGUUAUAGCAUGUGGCGAUUCCAGGAUGUUUUGAGUUCAUUUAUCUGGAAAAUUUAGAACAAGGAGUGCGUGAUAAACGGAGUGAAAUUGUUUUCUUCGUUUUUACAAGAAUAUAAUGAAUUAAUCGAUCGAUGACAAACGCUUAUUCAUUGACGGAAACGGUCCAUUGUUCAGAAAUAUAGGAUACAAAGCCAGCGGUAUCGCAUUAAGGACAAGUCAAUCCCGGCCGGGAACUUUGAGGGUAGAGAGGAAGCGGGAAAGCGAGCGAGACUGUAGUUUGUGUGUUUCAUUUAACUCUUGUUUGGAAGCCUUUAUUUGUGCCUUUGUGGCCCACAACUCUCUACAUAUAUUUUUCUUGAUAAUCGGGUGUAUUUUUAAACACAGGACUCCGAUCAACUAUCUGAUUCUCAACCUCGCAAUGGCGGACGCUUUGUACGCGACCCUCAUCAUACCCAUGUACAUUUUCAGAUUCAAUUUAAGUCACCCAACAGGCUUAGCGGGUGAUGUUCUAUGCGUGAUGUUAACCAAUGGGUCUUUCGCUUGGGUAGCAGCAAUAGCUGCCAUUUGUACUCUGUUGGCAAUCGCCAUCGAAAGGUAUUACGCAGUGGUGUAUCCACUUGGAAACAAAUGGAAAUGUUCAAUCAGUGCCGUAAAGGUUUGUAUUACGUUUUCUAUCAAAAUGGAAAGACUUUAUUCGUAAUUCACUUUUUGACGGAUAUUUUGCCAGUUACGUAAUAUUUUUCCGAGCCCCUUGGAGGCGUGAAAAAAUACGAACAAUGGGCAAAAUGAAAAUGGAAGCGAUCUUCGUGGUAAUGAACUCUACUUAAGCAGUGGUGAAAGUAAGGCAUGGAAAAAAAAAAGCCUGUACUGCUAAAGUAGUUUUCAUCAAAGGGAAGAUUGCUUCCAUAUUCGUUUCUUAGUCCGCAGUUCACUCGGGUGAGUGAAAGUUCGCAUGAUUUUCAUAUAUUUACAGUCAACGAGCAAAAUGUCCGCUUGUCUUUGAUGUUAGACCAUCGAAUACGAGAUUUAUUAUUUCACUACUAUUUCAUUUUCUGGUCUUUUGGUUAAGUACUUUUCGAAACUUCGUACUAGCUUAUCUGAGCAUCGUAACGAUCCCACGAGGCUUACGUGGAAGAAGAGUACAACUGGCAAAAGCAACCAUCUAAGUGUUCAUGAUGACCAAAAAGUUUCUGUCGGCCUCGAAGUUUUUUGCUAAAAAAAAUCACCUCUUAAAAACGCCAGAGGAAUUGAAAAACGUGCGUAUCGUUUCUGUCAGUAUUUUUGUCCUGUUCCACAGUAUAUUACCGUCACAUAUUUUGCGCUUUCCAUUGCCCUAAUAUGAUAAACUGACGGAAUAGUGGAAUUGUAAAAGCUGUUAUGAACCACUCCUGUUCGAGCAUUUUUUUUUUGAUACAGUUAUUGGUGAAAUCCAACAAUAUACUUUGGUUGAUUUUCAUUCCCUUUUUAUUUGAAAAAGUAAUGAUAUUGUUACAGAGAAAUUUAAACUUUAGUUACUCUUGCAGGUUAAAGGGUUUAACGUGUUGUUUCAUUUUCUUGCUUUCCAGAAAAUAAUAGCUGGCUCUUGGGUCUUCGGGCUUGUUUUUAAUAUCCCGUUAAUCAUGAUCAACAAACUCAGAAACAACUUUUGCGCGGGUAUAUGGCCCAAGGAGUGGAUGGGUAAAGCGUUUGGGGUUUACUCCAAUGUCGUCGUCUUUGGCUCCUUGUUUGGGAUGUUUGUGUUGUACUUUAGAGUCGUGCACACCUUAUGGUUCAAAUCUUCUGGUGUCCGACAAGUGAAUCAGGAGCAGAGUGUGAGUAGCGUCAAGAAUGUCUUACAUAUGACAUAUGGGGUGAUGGCUUUUACUACCGACGGUUAGAAGUUUGGCCAUCUUAUCGUUACGGUUAACCUAAAAUAAUGCAAAAUGACACAUCGUAGAAAGGAAAACAUUUUACAAGAGAUAAGCUUCUAAAGAAACUGUAGUGCUGCGUUGGUGGGAGAGUAUAACAAGGUAAUUUGGUAUUAUGAACUGAGUUUCUAACUUAAAUUGGCCACCGUAAAGAAUUUUAAAGCUGACGUUUCGAGCGUAAGCCCUUCUUUAGAGCGAAUGACGAUUCUUGAUUCGCUUUGAUGAAGGGCUAACGCUCGAAACGUCGGCUUUAAAACUCUUUACGGUGGCCAAUUUACGUUAGCAACUCAGUUCAUAGUGCCAAAAUUACCUUGUAAAGCUUUAUGCAGUUCACUUUAUCAACGACUAACGUUUUAUAUUUCUCCAUGUUUACGCCUAAGGGCUAAAUUUUGUGGCCAUUUUACGGCUAACGGUUAACACCAUUGAGGACCUCUCAGAGGGGAAGAUUUCGGAAGAAGUUCGAUAGCGAAGCUCAAUACUACAACGUCAUUGAAUACCAAACAUUUCUAGAAACUUGUCAAAGCUGUUCGUGGAAAAUGUUUGACAACGUUUCGACGUUCUUUGGGUUUUGGUUGUCAAUAACUUCCUUUACCUUAACCCGAAGUCGACAAACUUUGUAUAGCUAGUUUAAACAACUUCUACGGAUAAGAGAUUAUAUGGACAGGCGUUUUUCCUCACCUAGACGGGUUACCUCACCCACUGCCAUGUAAACGGGCCCAUAAAUCUGUUUGUCCGGUCUGCCGGGUUGGCUAACUCUGUGGCCGCAGUUUCCCAUGUAAACGUCUCAAGGUGGGGUACCCGCCAAGCCGAAGUCGUGUUCACGUUCUAUUCGUAAGCGCGCUACCGAUCUAACCCCGGAUCACGGGUUUGUAGGAUUGUUUUCAAACGCAGGUUAUUUCUCGACUACGACUUGGCGGAUUACCUCACCUACCUGGGGUCCCCUAUCUUCAUGUAAACAGGCUCUAAAACGUGUUUUAAACUUUGGUAUGACUGAUAUAUAAUUCUCUUGAGAUUACAUGUAGGUUUUCAUUCUUACAAAUCUUAGCUCGCGGUGAAGGCCAGGAAGCGGUUCACUUUGAUGGUCGUUAUCAUCAGUGUCAUCUUCGCAAUCUGUUGGAGUGCAAACCAGGUGCCUUACACCAUGUUCCUCUAUGCAAACUACAAGCCUAGUGUCGUCGAAAUCGGCAUUUCUAACGUCAUGGUUUUGUUCAAUACUGCUGUAAACCCCUUCGUAUACGCUCUAUUUAACCAAAACUUCAGAAGGAAAAUGAAAGCAAUGGUGGCGUGCGGCAAAAACAAUAGAGUUGGCCAGGAACAGCACCUGAAAACGCUCAACCGUCAAUCUUUCCAACCAGUCAGGCAUCCUUGUCAGUCGUCCAACUGA